UUUAAAGUUUUUUCAAUCUGAAAAUAACGUACGGAUGUGAUAUGCCUAAACUUGCGUGCCCGAGCCAAAUAGUUUCUUUUAUAUCCACUGCGAGUUCACUUUCGGAAACCUCAGUCGCACUAUGACGCUUCAAUCCUUCAAACCUCAAGAUGAUGCCAAGAAAAGUUCAAGGAGUUCUUAUUUUAAUUUACCACCAUUGGAUGUUUCCAUUGCAUUCCCUCAAGCAACUCCAGCUGCCAAGUUCCCACCUUCUGGUAAGAGUGAUGAGCAAAUUACACUUCGCUGUAGCCAUACUAGAGACUCGUACUUGCUCUGUGUAUCGGACUAUUUUCAGUUUAAUGACCUCUUGACUUCUGAAGAGGUGGCUAUUAGACAGAAAGUAAGAGAGUGUAUGGAAAAAGAAAUAGCUCCAAUAAUGGCAGAGUACUGGGAGAAGGCAGAGUUUCCAUUUCAUGUUGUUCCAAAGCUUGGUGCUCUUCAUAUUGCUGGCGGCACAAUCAAGGGUUAUGGAUGUCCCGGUAUGUCCAUUACUGGAUCUGCAUUUUCUGUGGCAGAAAUAGCUAGAGUUGAUGCUAGUUGCUCCACCUUCAUUUUGGUCCAUUCCUCUCUAGGCAUGCUUACUAUUGCACUAUGUGGGUCAGAAGCACAGAAACAGAAAUAUUUACCUUCUUUGGCACAGUUAAAAACUAUAGCGUGUUGGGCUUUGACUGAACCUGAUUAUGGAAGUGAUGCAAGUGCUUUGAAAACAACUGCAACAAAGGUAGAAGGAGGGUGGGUACUUGAGGGCCAAAAGCGUUGGAUAGGAAAUAGUACCUUUGCAGAUGUGUUGAUUAUUUUUGCAAGGAAUUCUACAACUAACCAAAUAAAUGGUUAUAUUGUGAAGAAGAAUGCUCCUGGAUUAACAGCUACAAAAAUAGAAAACAAAAUUGGUCUGCGGAUGGUUCAAAAUGGAGAUAUUCUAUUGAAGAAAGUCUUCGUACCUGAUGAGGACAGAUUACCUGGAGUCAAUUCUUUUCAGGAUACGAGCAAGGUUCUGGCUGUUUCACGCGUGAUGGUUGCUUGGCAACCUAUCGGUAUAUCAAUGGGUGUGUAUGAUAUGUGUUACAGGUAUCUGAAAGAGAGGAAACAGUUUGGUGCGCCAUUGGCUGCUUACCAAAUCAACCAACAGAAACUUGUUCAUAUGCUGGGUAAUGUACAAGCCAUGUUUCUCAUUGGUUUACGCCUUUGUAAAUUGUAUGAAAGCGGUAAGAUGACCCCAGGUCAUGCCAGCUUGGGAAAGUCAUGGAUCACUGCAAGGGCUAGGGAAACAGUUGCUCUUGGACGUGAGUUACUUGGUGGCAAUGGAAUUUUGGCUGAUUUUCUAGUUGCAAAGGCAUUCUGUGAUUUGGAGCCCAUUUACACAUAUGAAGGCACUUACGACAUCAACAGCUUGGUAACAGGUAGGGAAAUUACUGGUUUUGCAAGUUUCAAGGCGCCUACACAGCGAAGCCGUAGCCGCCUUUGAGUUGAUGGUAAUUCUCUUUCACCGUAUCUAAUCUGUUGCCUGAUAAGCAGUAUCUGUGUUCAUGACUGAGAAACCUGUGCAAUCCAAUAAGGGUAAAAUCAAAUAAUUUAUACAUUCUUGUCCUGUCUCGUGUAUCUAUGACUAUGACUAAUAAACCUUUGUAUUUUAAUUGAGGCUACCGCCUCAUCAUGCUUGUCGGAGUGCAUAAGAUUGGUGAUGA